ACACACAUUUUGAGAAUGCAUCUUCCUCCAUCAAAAACGGUCCAUCUACUACUGUACAGUUGCGUGUUCUUCCUCUUUCAAAGCUCCAUUAGCGCCCAACAAAAUCCCAUCUUGAACAUCUGUGACUCUCCAGGCAAUUACACCAAUGGUAGCGCAUACGAAACCAAUCUCAAAUUCCUCCUCUCAUCUCUAACCAUCAAUGCUUCAUCUUCCAACGGCUACUACAAUACCUCCUCUGGUGCAGAUCCCGACCGGGUGUAUGGCCUCGCCCAAUGCCGGGGCGAUAUUUCAUCCGGUUCCUGCAGAGAAUGCUUAAACACUUCAAUGGUCGAGAUUGUCCGACGGUGUGCAAACAAGAAGCAAGCAGUAAUAAGAUUCGACUACUGCCUCCUACGUUACUCCGACCAACGCUUCUUCUCCCAACUUCAAAAUGGUGUCAUUGUUUAUGUAUGGAAUGUGCAAAACGCAUCGGACCCAGUUCUUUUUAAUCAACGGUUGGGUGUGCUGAUGCAAAAUCUAUCCACUACAGCUGCAAAUGAGCCGUCUGCAUCCAAGUUUGCAACCGACUCCAUUAAUUUUUCCGACUUCUCAAACAUAUAUGGAUUGGUUCAGUGUGUUAGAGAUCUAUCGAACAGCGAUUGCUACUCAUGUUUGCAAUCGAUGGUUGGCCGGAUUCCGACGUGUUGUAGUGGAAAAAUAGGAGGGCAGGUUUUGUCUGUGAGUUGUAAUAUAAGGUAUGAGAUAACUUCCUUCUUUCUAUCUUCGCCACGGCCGCCCCCACCACCAGUUGAAGCUCUUCCUCCUCCUGCUCUUGCUCCACCACCACACGAUGAGGAUUCAAAUUCCACUAAUACAUCUAAUACUGAUGGAAAUGAUAACAGAACGAGAACAGUUCUGGCCAUUGCCAUCCCCGUGGUUUUGACAUUUGUUGCAGUCACUGCCAUCUGCGCUUGCAUACUGAGGAGGAAGGCAUUCAAGAGGAAAAUUGAUCGCCAAGAUGACGAUGAGAUACCAAAUGUGAAUUCCCUGUUAUUUGAUUUGGAUACGCUAAGAGCGGCAACAGAUGACUUCUCUGAUGCAAAUAAACUUGGGGAAGGCGGAUUUGGUCCUGUUUACAAGGGAAAGCUAUCUGACGGCCAAGACAUAGCAGUGAAAAGGCUUUCAAGAAGAUCCUCUCAGGGAUUAGAAGAGCUCAAAAAUGAGGUAGGAUUGGUGGCAAAACUUCAGCACAGGAACCUAGUAAGGCUAUUUGGCUGCUGCUUAGAAGGGGAAGAGAUGAUGCUUGUUUAUGAAUAUUUGCCUAAUACCAGCCUUGAUACCUUUCUAUUUGAUCCAAUCAAACAUGUACAACUCGACUGGGAAACACGGUACAAAAUCAUCACAGGGAUCGCUCGAGGACUUCUCUAUCUACAUGAAGAUUCUCGACUAAGGAUUAUUCAUCGAGAUAUGAAAGCCAGCAAUAUUUUGUUAGAUUCUGAAAUGAAUGCCAAAAUUUCAGACUUUGGUUUGGCGAAGCUUUUUGGAGGGGACGAAACUCAGGGAAGCACAAGUCAAAUUGCAGGGACUUGUGGAUAUAUGGCACCAGAAUAUAUCACGCAUGGGCAGUUUUCAACUAAAUCAGAUGUUUUUAGCUUCGGCGUUUUAGUUCUUGAGAUUGUAGCUGGGCGAAGAAAUGCAGGCUUUCCUGAGUCUGGACCUUCUGUGGACCUUCUAAGCUAUACAUGGCAACAUUGGACCAGAGGAACUGCAUUAGAGUUGGUGGAUCCGGCGCUUGGCAACCACUACCCUACACGUGAUGUCUUACGAUGCAUUCAUCUGGGAUUGCUCUGCGUGCACGAUGAACCAGCUGAAAGGCUCCCCAUGUCAACAGUUGUACUCAUGCUCAAUAGCUACUCUAUAACCCUCCCAGUUCCUUCCCCACCAGCAUUCUUUGUUGAGAGCAGAACUAGGACAGAUGUUCUUGCAGGUGAUUCUAACAUACCAGCAAGCGAAUGUGAAGAACCCACGAAUUGCUUCCCAGCAAAUGAAUCUGAGCCACCUACAAAUAAUUCAGUAAAAUAUUCCACAAAUGAGUUGACGAUUACUGAAUUAGAUCCUCGGUAGGGAUUAAUGCACUCAAUAACAUGGGUGGGUUUGUAAAUUAGGCAAAGAAUAGUUUAUAUUUUGUUUGAGAAAUAACAAUUUGUUUCUAUUUUCACUUUCCUUAGGUGAAUGCUUGGAACUUUCUGUAUUUGCAUUGAGCAGGAUUGUCGUUGUCUCAAAUGGUCCUUCUAGGUGUACAAAGGAGCUCAUUUGCCAUUUA